GAAUCACUUUAGAAAGUAUAUUUCAAUAUUUAUGUUCAGUUGGUGAAAGAAAUUCGAAAUUUGUUCGGGUACCAUAUAGUUACACGUUGUGAAAAGAAAACUGUUUCAAAAUGUUGACAAAGUUGGUGUUGUUGUUGUUUUGUGGCGCGUUGAUUAAUGCCAAGAGUUUGGUGCAGCGUGAUCCGCGUCUUAACAGGGAGAUUAAAGAAGGAGGAUUUGACCAUGUGAAAUUUCCGGGUGUUUUUAAAGAUUUGAUGCGAGGAUUGGAAAAUGAUGAAGUAGAGCAGGAUGGAUAUGAUAAGGUGGGUGUGAAUCCACUUGUACAGCUCAAUGAUGAUGAGUUUGAAGAAAAAAACGACGAAUUAAACGAAGAAAAUGAAGAAGAAGAAGAAGGAGAAGAAGAUGAGGAAGAAGAAGAAAACCCAAAAAAAGAAGAGAACGAAAACUCUAAAAAAAAUGGAAACGAAGUAAAUGAUGAUGAAGAUGAUGAUGAAGAGGAAGAGGAAGACGGAGCUGAUGAAAAAGACAACGAAAGUAACAAAGAAACUCAAAAUGACGAAAAGAACGAAACCCUUGACAAGAAUGAGGACGAAUCAGAUGCAGACGACGAUUCUAAUGAUUCAGAAGAUACAAAAAGCUUCCCCGAAAACGCUCCAAAACCACAACCAUCCAACGCCCUCGUCGGCAGCCAAAACUUAUACGAAGAUUCGUUCAAAUUCGCCCAAGACUACCUCGAAUCGUUGAUCUCAGCCUCCAAAAACCCCGAAACCCAAAACCUCGUCAACGUCUUCGCAAAGUUCUUAGACUUGAAAUCACUAACGAAAAAUAUCAACUUGGAAUCGCUCAUGAAGAGUUUCCCACCGCAGAAAAAAUCCUCACCAAAACACCAAUCCGAUGACAAAGAAAUAGAUUUAUUCAAAUUUGAUCAAGAUUCCUUAUUAGAGCACAUUAAAAAUUUGGAAAAUAACAAUGAAAUGGAAGAUAUGGAAUCCAGCGGUCCACAAUUCGAUUUAGAUGACCCAUCUGUUGGCAGUUUCAUGCCUCAAUCGCUCGUUAACAAGUUCAACGGUUUGCAAAAGAAUUUCCCACAAUUCGCGAAUUUCUGGAAGAAAAAUCCUGGUAACGUGAAUACCCAGAAACUCGUUCAGAAAGAUGCUAAAGUAGGUUUUGGAGGAUGGAAUAACCAAAAAAAAUUGGUAUUUGGAGAUUUAACAAAAUACGUUAAUAAGGCGGUUGAAAAAGCUCAAGCUCAACUUGAACAAAAUGGACGUGUAAUUCCUGCGAAUAAUCCUGACUUGACCAUCAACGUGAUACCUGCUGUUCCAAUAACUUUCAAACUGAAACGUGUUGAAGGAGCUAAUACGCUCGACACUUAUGGACAAUCGAAAGGCAUUCACUAUAAUAAAUUGUACGCCUUCACUCAGUAUAAAUUCACCGAAUUGAGGUAUUAUUACGAUGUGAUGAUCAAACCGUUGAAUUUAUUCACCAUUCGUAAAAGUAUUGCCAUCAUUUUGAACGACGCUCCGACUAAAAUGAGCGCUGUUGUGGAAGAAGACAACAAGAUGAAACUUUUGGGAAUGGAAUUCGUCAAUCCUGUUGUGAGUCUCGAUGUAGGCAGCCAUCGCUACGUCAAUUACGGAAUCAAUUGGUUGGUCAACGAGUACCUGCACCCAGUAGUUAAGCAAAAAUUGGUAGAAAUUGUGUCCAGAGACUCUAAAUUAUUAUUGACAAAAUAUUUACAAGAUGCUCAAUAAGAAAAUGGGUAUAAGUAGACCUACGUAUUAGGUAAUAAUUACACCUACGUAGAUCUAGCUAAUUAUAUAGGUAGAGAUUUUGUAAAGUUUAUUUAUUGAAUUUAAAAUACCGAAUUAAAAAGUUAUAAAACGA